CUUACACACUGAGAGGUUUCACCCAGGAAUGGAUACUGGAGUUGUCACCGAAAAGAAAAGGGUGAGCUCGGAGCGCAGGAAGGAGAAGUCCAGGGAUGCGGCCCGAUGUCGCAGGGGCAAGGAGUCUGAGGUGUUCUAUGAGCUCGCAAACCAUCUGCCCCUGCCCCACAAUGUCACCUCCCACCUGGACAAGGCCUCCAUCAUGAGGCUCACCAUCAGCUACCUGCGCAUGAGAAAACUGCUGAACUCUGAUCAGUCUAAGGAUGGCACAGAUAAAGAGUCUGAACUGGAGAGCCAGCUCAACAGCUUUUACCUGAAGGCCCUGGACGGCUUCCUAAUGGUGUUAUCUGAGGAUGGAGACAUGGUCUAUCUCUCUGAUAAUGUCUGCAAAUGCAUGGGCCUCACACAGUUUGAUUUGACCGGCCACAGCAUUUUUGACUUCACACAUCCCUGUGAUCACGAGGAAGUAAGGGAGAUGCUGGUGCACAGAACUGGGUCCAAGAAAACCAAGGAGCAAAACACCGAGCGAAGCUUCUUCCUUCGCAUGAAGUGCACACUCACUAGUAGAGGACGCACUGUCAACAUCAAGUCUGCCACAUGGAAAGUUCUUCACUGCACAGGACAUGUGCGUGUUCAGGAGCACAGUGAGAGUUCAGGGGGCGUUGGAUUUAAAGAACCCUCCAUUACCUAUCUGGUUCUGAUCUGUGAGCCCAUCCCUCAUCCCUCCAACAUCGAGGUGCCUCUGGAUAGCAAAACCUUCCUAAGCCGCCAUACUCUGGACAUGAAGUUCUCGUACUGCGAUGAGAGAAUCACGGAGCUGAUGGGAUAUGAGCCAGAUGAACUGCUAAACAGGUCUGUGUAUGAAUACUACCAUGCCCUGGAUUCUGACCACCUCAGCAAGACACAUCAUAAUUUGUUUGCAAAGGGCCAGGUUACCACAGGACAAUAUCGAAUGCUGGCCAAGAAAGCAGGCUAUGUGUGGGUCGAAACUCAAGCCACAGUCAUUUACAACCCCAAGAACUCCCAGCCACAGUGCGUUGUGUGCGUGAACUACGUUCUCAGUGGUAUUGUGGAGGAGGACAUGGUCCUUUCUCUGCAACAGACCGUACCUGAGGACUGUGGAGAGGAGGAGGAGCUGCAGGUAGAGCAGGAGGACAAGUCAGUUAUGGACAUGAUGAAGCUCUUCAAGAAGGACCCACUGACGUGCUCUGUGGAGAGCCCCAAGAGCCUGUACGAGAAGCUAAAGGAUAAGCCGGAAGCCCUCACCGUUCUGGCUCCAGCUGCAGGGGACACCAUUAUUUCCCUUGAUUUCGACAGCCCAGACUCUGAGAUUCAUGUGCUGAAGGAGGUGCCUCUUUACAAUGAUGUCAUGCUGCCCUCCACCAGUGAGAAACUCCCUUUGCCGAUGUCACCACUGGCUCCCAGCGACCCAUCUCCAGACUUAGUUAAAAUGGAGCCUAGAGGAGAGGAAUUUUCAUUCUCAUCCACAUCGCACCACGUCUCAGACACUGCCAAUACUCCUUCUAUCUCCGCCAGUUCCUCUGAGCCCAGCAGUCCAGCAGAUUACUUCCAUGUGGAUUCAGAUAUUGGCUCCGAAUUUAAACUGGAUUUGGUUGAGAAAAUGUUUGCUACUGACACAGAAGCCGACACCCACUUUAACACAGAUGAAAUGUGCGAUCUUGACCUCGAGAUGCUCGCCCCAUAUAUUCCAAUGGAUGAUGACUUCCAGCUGCAUAUCCCCUCCCCUCUGGACCCACUCUCUUCUGGGCCUCAGACUGGUUCUGACAUUAACUCGCUGUUCCAGCAGUCACCUCCUCGUCCAUCUUCAACAUCCAGCUCCACCGGCUCGAUAAAACCAGAGCCAUCGCCCCAUGUCCCCUCUCCUCUCCACCUGCUGCAGGAGGUGAGCAGCAUCUUCGUCACAUCCUUCGACGAGGCCUCGGGAGCCCAUGACAAUACCCCACAGACGGGCAAAGCGGCCAAGAGAAUGCAAGUGGAAGACCAGGAUCUUUCUACAAAGUCGUUGAAUGUCCAGCGGAAGAGGAAGCUGGAGAUUACCCCACUGUCUCAGGCUGUCGGGCUGGAUGUUUUGCUCCAAUCUGUGGAUGAAGCUGUUGAGCCUGGAAAGAGGGCCAAGGUGCUGGAGGUUAAAGGUUCGAGCUUGCUUGGCGGGAACAAAACCAUUCUGAUACUACCGUCUGAUGUGGCCAGUCGUUUGCUGUCCAGCUCAUUUGAGAGCAGAGGAGGGUUACCACAGCUGACACGCUACGACUGCGAGGUCAACGCCCCUAUUCAGGACCGUCAAUCUCUGCUGCAGGGCGAGGAGCUGCUUCGUGCUCUGGACCAAGUUAACUGAGUCUAGCUUGCUUAGCAAUUGCGGACACUGUAUCCCUUUAUAUCCCAUUGUAUACCCGUACCCUACCCCACAUUUCCUUCCGAAGUAGAACCAUUGCCCCACCUGUUCACGGUCUACUGACUGUCCCUACUUAUUCCAUCACUCUCAGAGGGUGUUCCUCAUAGCAGUGGCCUGGAGGCCAAAUCCUUAAUGAUUAUUAGAGGUACAUUUCUUGCUAAUCAAGGCAAAGGAGUGUAGCCUCCACUAUGACCAAGAGAAAAGUCAAGAGCCUUAAUGCUGAACGCACACUUCUCUAAAUACAGAUAUUCACUUGUCCCACACGUAUGUAUUCCCUCUGUUUUUGUCUCCCCACUCCCCACGCAUUUUGUAUUGUAGCUAAAGUCGCACAAUAAACUAUUUUCAUAAGAUAGAAUACCAGCAGCUCAUGCAAUAUUCAAAACCUUUUUUUUUUUUACACAAAUAUGUACUUUUAACAAUUAUUAUAACCAAGUUUCUUUUCUUUCUGUUGCUUUUCUCAUUUAUCAUGUUUGUUUGUAAACGGUUACAUUUAAGAGUGUUUUUUCCAGAUCCAUAUUCUCAGUGGCAGAUCUUCAUAUUCUUAUUGCUAUAGACAUACUUGUGUAUAGUUCAUCAAUCCAUUGUGCACAGGUAAAAGCAGUUCACACAAACGUGCAAAAGGGAAUUCAAAAGAAUUGAAUUUGUGGCAUUUUCUGCAAUGUGCAAAUGUCUAGGACAUGGGCUUUGUCAAAGAGGUUAAUUAUGUGAUCAUUUAAAAAAUAUAUUUUUAGCUGUCAUUUUUUUUUCUGUCAUAAUACAUGCUUACACUUCAUGCUUGGCCUGUGUCAUCCAGCAAUGUAGAUUUUAAUAUUAUAUUAUGCUUUUGAAGCAUAAUGUGGCGUGACAAAUUAUUCAGACAGAUCAGUUAUUCAAGUGUCUAAGGGUAUAUAUAGAACAUUUACUGCUCAAAUGUAAACGUUCAGAACAGCUUUCAGAAAUUGACUUUGUCCUGCAAAUAUGUUCAUUUUAUUAUAUUAUUUUGCAGUAGGAUGAACAUUUGCUUUUGUGGUGGUUGUUCUCUACUCUGUACACAUACAUGUGUGUCUGUACACAUACAUUUCCUUAACACUAAUUGUAUUGUUUAUUGCAUAAUCAUUAAAGGAUAAUUGUGGACCAGAAA